AUUAUAAUAUUAGUAAUAUCACCGAAAUAAUAAUAUAAUGUCUAAUAAGUAUUAAUGUGUUUUAACAAUUAUGUCAAUCAUGGAAAUACUUCAAAUUAUCAAUGUGAAAAACCAUUACCUAAUAAAAAGUUGUUUGGUAAUAUCUUUAGUUACUGUUACAACUUGGAUGACAACAAUUCUAAGGAAAAAAAACAAAAUAAGACAGAACGAUAAUGCUCAACAAUUUAAUAGCGAUAAGAUAACUUCAAUUCCAUUGAUUGUUAUAACAGGUUGUGACACAGGUCUUGGAUAUUCAAUUGUUAUGAGAUAUUUAAAAGGGAAACAUCUUAAUAAUAGUCAUAAGAAUAGAAAAAUACAUGAUUUGUUAUUUUUCAAUAAUAAAGCACCAAUAGUCCCAAAUAGAAUUGCAAUAGUUGCAUUUUGUUUGAAUCCUAAUAGUCCAGGUGCUAAAUGUUUUCAACAACUAUCACUUAAAAAUGAUAAUAUUCAAUUGUUUGUUAGACUUUUGGAUUUAACUGAUAUUGAUUCUAUUAAAACUGGUGUGAAUUUUAUUAAUGAUCUACUCCAACAAAACGUUGAUAUAAUUGAUUCACAUAACAAAACAGCUUGUUUAAAAUAUGAACUACAUGCAUUAGUCAACAAUGCAGCACGAAUGGUGAUGGCAGAAUUUGAAUGGCAAACUUCAAAAAUGGUAAAACAGCAAUUUGAAGUCAAUAUUUUGGGUCCAAUAAUGUUAACUGGAAUGUUAUUGCCAAUAUUUCGAAAAGACAAAAGUCGUGUGAUAAAUGUAAUUAGCCAUUGUGCUUAUCUCCCACUUCCUGGAAUAUCUCUUUAUGGUGCAACAAAAGCUGCUGUGCGUGCAUGGACAAUUGGAUCAAGAGUUGAACUUGAAAGUCACGGCAUAAAAAUGAUCACAUUUUCCCCAGGAUCGUUUUAUCUUCAUUCUUCUAUUAUGAAUGGUGAACAAAGAAUAAUUGAUUAUAAGGAUAUGCGUGAUAAUAUGAAUAAAGAACAAUUGGCUUAUUAUGGUGCUUAUAUGCAAGCCUAUCAAAAUUACUUGAGUACAAUUGAUGCAUACAUUAAUCCUCCAGAAAUAACAAUUCCAAGCACUAGUAAAUUAUACUCUCUGAUGGAUAAUGCGUUGUGGGCAAUCCAACCCAAAGCUGAGUACAAUGUACCUGAACCUUGGCGAUAUAAAAUCUAUUUUGCUGUUGCUUGGACUCUAUCAUCAUUAGGUUUACAUUAUUUCAAAGAUAAAGUUGUACGUAAAUUUGUGGCUACACCACAAUUUCAUAGUAAUAUUGCAAGUCAAGUUGAAAAUUUUUAAUAAAUAUGAUUCAAAACUUAUAAAAUGUUCAUAUUAUCUAUAAUAAAUACAGAUAA